AAACCUUCGGCGGGAUUUUCUGUGUUUGGUGCGGGAAGCAUGCGCCGUGCUUCUCAUCGUCUAUAACACCGAUACGGACACAAGAUUGCGCAAUGUCAGACACACCAUGGAAAAGUCAUCCAAGCAGCCCUCCCGGUAUAUUGAUGAAGACACAGAAGCCUUUCUUGAAGAUCAUGAUACUAUGGAAUGUCAUAUAAUAAAAGGUCUACGUGAGCUCUACAUUACAGAAGCACUGUGUGAUGCAACCAUAAUAACUGAGAGCGGAAGGUUCCCCUGCCACAGGGUGGUUCUUGCUUCGGUCAGCCCCUAUUUCCGGGCCAUGUUCACUAGCUCUAUGCUGGAAUCUGAACAUGGAGAAGUUUGCCUUCUGGAUGUCUCCUCUUCUGUCAUUCAGAGCAUCCUGCACUUCAUAUACAGCGGUGAGGCCGCCCUCAGCUUGGACAGCGUUGAGGAUCUGUUUACCGCGUCCGGCCGCCUGCAGAUUACAGCCAUGCAGGAGGUGUGUGGAUCGUUUCUCAUCAACAAGCUGACCAAUGAUAACUGCUUCUGGGUUUACAGACUGGCUCGCAGCCAUAAUCAUAUCAGACUUCAAGGGGUAGCCAUUCAAUACAUCUGCUGGAACAUAACCAGACUUUAUGACAAAGAAGACUUCCUCCAUUUGGAGCAGGAUGAGCUCAGAAGUGUUCUUUCCUCAGAUCAGUUGAUGGUAUCUUCAGAGCUUUGCAUCUUUCGCAUGGCUCUUCGAUGGUGGAAAGCCAACGGGGCCGCAGGCAGUCCAUUUCCUGUAGAGCUCUGCAGAGUCAUCCGUUUUCCAUUAAUGUCGCCCCGUGAGCUGGAAGAGGUCAAAAGAGACGAAAGUCUGGAGCUGUCUGGCCCUCAGGGAUCAACGACGUUCAGACUACGCCAAGGAAUGUUUGAGAACCGCAUUGUCUGCAUGGACCUUCAGGCCAGAGAAGACCACACUCUUGAUGACAAUGAUUUCUUCCUCGACUGCUAUGACCCUGUUUCCGACCAUUGGGAUAAACUCGCUCCUUUAAAAUCUUUGAUGUAUCCUGGAUGCCUUGCUGUAGAGAACUAUCUGUAUGUGACCGGGGGGAUGAACCAGGAUGAUGCUGUUUCCCGAACAUUCCAUGUCUUUGAUUCCUUAACCAACACCUGGACAGAAUUUCCAAGUAUGAGGAGCCCCAGGUCUCUCCAUGGAUUCCUAUCCUAUAAGAAGAAACUCUUUGCAGUGGGAGGAUGGAACGGGGGUGACGUCAUGGACUCAAUGGAAUGCUUUGACCUCUCCAAAAAUUGUUGGUCCGAGUCACCUAAGCUACCUUUUCCAUUGUGUGCUUUUGCAUCCACGCAGUUAAAAGGCAAACUGUACGUCAUCGGAGGAGAAACUGGGCGGGAGCGUUUAUUCAGCGAGAAGGGACUCCUGAUCUAUGAUACAAGUUCACAUCUGUGGAGUCAUAUCCCAAAUAAAAUAGUUGUGGCCUUUGGGGGAGCGGUGACAUUAGAUAACAAGGUGUUUGUGAUCGGUGGCUGUGAUAACUAUUGUCCAUCUACAGGGCAGGCAGUGGCCACUUCUACGUGUCUGUGCUUGGAUGAGCGGGGUUGGGUGUCCCAGGAACUCAAAGUCCCACCACUUCCUGAGAAGUUGGCAUCAGCUGGAGUCGUUCGAUGGCAACAAAGGAUCUAUAUUUAUUCCAAAUGUUACAAAUCCCGAAAAUGUGAACUGCGCAUGCGCCCGCCCCAAGAGGCUUUGCGGCCGCCGAGAUUUUCGGAGGGGAUCGCGCUGGGAAGACACAGGGACCCAGAAGAAGCCGAGGAAGCACAGAUCUGCUUCACCAGCUUCCUCUGCUGGCUCUUGAAGCCGGAGAACGUGCCCAGUGACACCGGAAGAGAUCUACACCAGACGGAGCUAGUGCGCGUGGCUAUGGAAUCCUUUUACAAAUCUCUAUUGCCACUGCGCCUGCGUGGCGCCGUCGAAUUCGAUAACCACACUCGGCACUGCGCCUGCGCCGCUAUCGGCUCCUAUAACCUACGGUAA